CGCCAUUGGCCAGCCAGAUGUCGGAAUAAUUUUCUCAAAAUGGCUGAAGUGUAAAGACGUGUUAUUUAUUUUCGUUACAAUGGAGCUCCAUUACGCGUUUGCAAACAAAGAAAACAAAAUACCCGCAAGUGACAUUGUGAUUCCCAGUACUGGAAUUUACUCAAUUUCUUGUUAUUCAUCGGAUUACUUGCCAGAAUCACAUACUUGGCGUGCUUCGCCUUUUACCUUGUGUCCUAGUCCUAGAAUGAAUAGCUGUAUCAACAAGAAGCAUUUAUCCAUUCCUAAGUUUACCAAAACCGGGACAAUGUCCUCGUGAGUGAUGAUGGCGUAGCAUCCUCUUAGACUGUGGUGAAUCUUGUGUUUGUGCUAGCUACCAUGAAUAUACCUACAGGUGUCAACUGGCGCAAUAGGCGCAACAUAAACCUUUCCGUUCCGUCCGUGAAUUAUUCAACAUAUUCAUUUUCCGAUCCAGACAAAAACAUGAAGAGUGAAUUAUACGAUAUGUACCACCCAGAUUUUAAAACCUUUUCGGAAAUAGCCACUGACAAAAAAUCCGAGGGUAAGAGUGAGAAGCCCGAGCCUUGGUUGAUUCGGUCCGCCUUGCACAUGUGCAGCGUGAUUUACAGGAAAAUUUCGGGUCGUGCGAGCUCACCGGAGCUGUCUUAUCACGACUGCGAGUCGCUGCCCGCACAAGACGCGCAGCCCGGAAUCUGGCCCGGCGCCAAAUCUGAAAAUAAAAAUAUUGAAGCUCAAGCUCACACAGACAAGUGCUCAGACAUGAAUGGCUGCGACAGCGUCGUUGCUGCCUGUGAGGACAAGCUGAACCUGGUGCGGCAGCUGAUAACCGACAAACCUGCUCAGACAUCUCCUAAGUGCACCACAUUCAGAUCUAAGCGAAAGAAGAAAGUGUUUGUGCAGCCCGGCUCGGUUGAAGACAGCUUUGAAGAUGCUUUCAGUCCUGAAGACUUCAUCAGUGAUAGUAACAGCGACCCCUUAACAUUUACUAUUCCAUAUCAAUAUCAGGGAUGUGAGGUUUUGGAAAUUGAUGCGCCCAAAAUGAAGAUUGAAACCGCUGUGAUGAAUCUGAAGGAUCCUAGUGUUAAUGAAAACAAAGAAGACGAUGUUACACCCUGUGUAGUGAAAACAGAUGUGGGUGAUGGCAUGAAGCUUGAGGAGCCGCAAACUACCAUGGAGACAGUGUCUUCUUGUGAAUCUAAAAUCAUGCAGCUGCAGGCACUUCUGAAGGAGAGACGUAAGAAGAACACUAAAUGCAUGCUCAACUCUUCCGAUUCUGCCCCAGAACCGGUCAAAGAUCUUCAAACACAACAAGCCAAGCCAAAAGUCAUUCCAACUGCCAAAGUACAGGACAAACGAUUCAAGAACCGGCAUCGACUAUCAACAGGGAAGCGGAAAAAGGCAGAAACAACCAAACUGAUUCAUGACGACAUGCUUUUUGCUGAUGAAAUAGUGGAGGAUCUGUCGAGCUUUGAAGAUUCUCCAGUAGUUAGUGUAGGUUUAAAUAAAUCAGUAGAAAGUUUAGCAUCAUCUACUGAAGACUGUUUCGAUGAGGUUGCCGGGCGAUUCCGUUCAGCUUCCGGCACGGACAGUGAUGAUUCCUUCCAAGUUGUGUUCACAGACAGCCCACGAGCCAAGCGACCAUCAGACUGCGAAUCUGAAGACUCAUUUAUCAUCUUUGAAGAAUCUCCAGACAGCUGCUAUAUCUCACAUGAUGUCUUCGGAGAUGAGACUGACUCUGAUUCUGAAUAUUCUGACUCAGAUUCUGAAAUCAGUGACUCAGGCUGUGGCGAGUCAGGCGACUUGAGAAUGCCCCAUAAAAUCACAAAAACCUUUGGAGAUCUAACAGACGGAAGCCUGUAUGAAGAGAAAGAUAAAGAUGAAGUGGAUCACGCAGUUAACAUAUGUGCGGAGAUACCGAGUGAAGAUCUGGAACUUGAGUCAGUUAUUGAUCUGAAGUCUACUGGGCUGCUGCUCAAUGAUGCCAAGAAGAAGCUCCGAAAGAACCAACCGCCUAAGAAGGUGCAGUUCUCGCCGCAGCCGCCGAAGGUGCACGUGAUGCGCGUGUGGUCGUUCGCGGCGCGGCAGGCGCGCGCCGGCCACUGGGAGCGGCACGCGCUCGACCGCGAGCGGUUCAAGCGCAGGAUCGCGGACGCGGACAUGGCCCUGUCCUGGGUGCUGAAGCCCCAACACCGCUCAAGAGUCAUGUUUCAGCGGUUCAUGCCGUGGUGGAACGCACAGAAGAGGAAGGAACUCGCAGAGAAGAAACAGAAGGCAGAAGAAGAAAAGAAACUAGUGGAAGAAGAGAGAGUUCGGUUGGAGCAGAGCAGAAUUGAUGAAGAACAGGUAAGUGGAGAUGGACAGGUUAAUGUGGAAGUAAAUGAAAAUAAUGUAGAAGCGAUUCCACGAAUUGAAGAAAAAGCUAAUGUUGGAGAUGGAAGGUUGGUUAAUGAUCAUAAGGUAAAUGAAAUUGUUGUUUCCGAAAAUGCAGCUGACAAAGCAAAAACUGAUAAGCAUAAUAAUGAAAGUGAUAAGUCUGGAAGUAAUAAUAAAAAAGAAAUUAAAACCUUUGAUAAAUCAGAACAUGGAAAAGGAAACAACAGUGCUAAACUAACAGAUUCGGUGACAAACAAAAUAGAUGUUAAAGAUUUGGUGGUGAAAGAUGGGUUUCCGGUGACGCCGCCAGCAAACGGAGUCGGCUCGUGAGUUCACGUGUGGUCGGCGAGCUCGCUUGUGAACAAAUUAAUUGUGUAAACCAAUCAGUGCACAAACAAUUUAUGCAUAAAAGAUUCUCAAGCGGUGAUAGGCGAGUUACGCGUCACAAUCCAAAAUAUUUUUUUUGGAAAAAGAAAAUGCUCGCCGAUUUCAAAAUACAUACGAAAUACCUCAUACUAGAUAUCAGAAUUAAGAUAUAUAUAAAGGGCACUUUGAAUUCAUUCAGUUGAUAAUUCCGAUUUCUCAUAUGGUCUACUAGCUCCCUCUAGCGGUGUAACGCAACAUAAGUUCGCCACAAGAUAUCGAUAGAAUUAGAAUGGCAUUGAAAUAAAUAUAUUUUUACUUGAAUAAUCAUAAAGGAGGAUGCUAAGUGCCUAAAUCCAGAGACUGAAUGUACUAAAAAUUAAAAAUAUAAAAAAAAAAAAAAAAA